GUCAGACAUACCAGUAGGGUUGGGAAGAGGCAGGUACGGAAGCUAAUCAGAAAAACGUUUAUCUACGGAUUUUGAGCAUCCGAAGUUGAAUCCCUGAAUCUAAGCAUUCCCUGCUGCUCCCUCACCCUUUGAAGAAAUGUCUGUCACGUAUGAUGAUUCCGUUGGAGUAGAAGUGUCCAGCGAUAGCUUCUGGGAGGUUGGGAACUAUAAGCGGACCGUGAAGCGGAUUGACGAUGGCCACCGCCUGUGCAGUGACCUCAUGAACUGCCUGCACGAGCGGGCACGCAUUGAGAAGGCAUAUGCCCAGCAGCUCACCGAGUGGGCCCGACGCUGGAGGCAGCUCGUGGAGAAGGGGCCACAGUAUGGGACGGUGGAGAAGGCCUGGAUGGCCGUGAUGUCCGAGGCAGAGAGGGUGAGCGAUCUGCACCUCGAGGUGAAGGCCUCGCUAAUGAAUGAAGACUUUGAGAAGAUCAAGAACUGGCAGAAGGAAGCCUUCCACAAGCAGAUGAUGGGGGGCUUUAAGGAGACCAAGGAAGCUGAGGACGGCUUUCGGAAGGCACAGAAGCCUUGGGCCAAGAAGCUGAAAGAGGUGGAGGCAGCAAAGAAAGCCCACCACGCAGCUUGCAAAGAGGAGAAGUUGGCCAUCUCACGAGAAGCAAACAGCAAAGCAGACCCGUCCCUCAACCCUGAACAGCUGAAGAAAUUGCAAGACAAAGUAGAAAAAUGCAAGCAAGAUGUCCUUAAGACCAGAGAGAAGUAUGAGAAGUCCCUGAAGGAGCUUGACCAGGGCACGCCCCAGUACAUGGAGAACAUGGAGCAGGUGUUUGAACAGUGCCAGCAGUUUGAGGAGAAGCGCCUGCGCUUCUUCCGGGAGGUUCUGCUGGAGGUUCAGAAGCACCUAGACCUGUCCAACGUGGCUAGCUACAAAACCAUUUACCGAGACCUGGAGCAGAGCAUCAGGGCAGCCGACGCGGUGGAGGACCUGAGGUGGUUCAGAGCCAAUCAUGGGCCAGGCAUGGCCAUGAACUGGCCGCAGUUUGAGGAGUGGUCUGCAGACCUGAAUCGAACUCUCAGCCGGAGAGAGAAGAAGAAGACUGCUGAUGGUGUCACCCUGACAGGCAUCAACCAGACAGGCGACCAAUCUCUGCAGAACAAGCCCAGCAGCAACCUUAGUGUCCCGAGCAACCCUGCGCAGUCCGCGCAGUCACAGUCCAGCUACAACCCCUUCGAGGAUGAGGACGACACGGGCAGCACCGUCAGUGAGAAGGAGGACAUUAAGACCAAAAAUGUGAGCAGCUACGAGAAGACCCAGAGCUACCCCACUGACUGGUCAGAUGACGAGUCCAACAACCCCUUCUCCUCCACGGAUGCCAACGGGGAUUCAAACCCGUUCGACGAGGACACCACUUCAGGGAUGGAAGUGCGAGUCCGGGCCCUUUAUGACUACGAGGGCCAGGAGCAUGACGAGCUAAGCUUCAAAGCUGGGGAUGAGCUGACCAAGAUGGAGGAUGAAGAUGAGCAAGGCUGGUGCAAGGGACGCUUGGACAAUGGACAGGUUGGCCUGUACCCAGCGAAUUACGUCGAGACAAUCCAGUGACGGGCUGUAGGGCAGGCCGGCAGAGGGACGGAGGUGGUGGGCCCAGGAGCUCCAGUGCCUCCAGCCGGCCAUGUGGGCGUCCACUCGUGUUCCUGCAGAAGAUGAAGGUUCCGUUGUUCUUGGCUUCAUGGUGUCCCUGGCAGGCGGACGAGCUGGUCACUUCACCAGGGACUCGGCAUCUUUCCAAGUGCAGCUGGAGGAUCUGAGCGCAGGAAGACACGGAACAGCAGAGAAGGAGCCGGCCCUGCCGCCGCCCGCCGCGUUCGCUGGCUUAUCGUGGAUCUGUACGCUCUUGACCUUGUCUCCUCUCCUCCGAGUCAAUGGGUUACGCUGAUUCUAGUUCACUGAUCACUUUCUCUGGCGAGUCCCGUCACUUGCAACUUAAAUGAACAAACUUACAUGCCAUUCUCUGAGUAAAGAUUUUGAGGUUUUUAAUUUAAAGCCUGUGUACAGUUAUACUUUUUUUAUACCUGUUCUUCCAUUCAUUCGUACUUAAAUUACGGCACAGAUGGACAUACACCAGUCUUGAAGAAUUGCUAUCUCCGGUUCCGUGCUGCGCUGUUAACCAGCCGCGCCACGGUGCAGGGUAAGCUGCGGGAGGUGACGCUCACGACAGGUGACGUUUGCCGUGGCAGACUGUCGUGGAAAGGUGGGUGCACGUCACAACCUCCUACCGUGCACACCCUCUGUGCAUCCGGGCGUCUGAACGCAAGUGUCAGAUACAGCCGUAGGUCGUACUCCCAAAGUCGCCAUGUUUAAAAAUCGUCACUCUAAUCUUGCUUAAAACUUUACUCUUUUAUAAAUUAACAGUCUUAUCAGUGAUUUGGAAGGUUAAAAAGUAAGAAGGCUAACUUUUCAAGCAAACACAUCUGUCUCUGUGCAUAUCUGUGUAUAUUGUUUGUGUCCAGAGAAUCUAAAAAGCUUGUCUACUGUUUUAAUGAGAUUUGACAGCUUUUGACAGUGGGUUUCAUUUGUAGACUGCGUGAAGUCUGCGGCGUCCAGGCACAGGCCUGGCUGGCCAGCUGGACCUACUCCCAGGCGCAGACAUGGGCGCUGGGCCCCUCUGGCGGGGAGACCGCUGGAGGAAGACUCGGCCUUGCCGGCGUCACCCUUAGUUCCGUAGCGGAACACUGUGAAAACGCCGUGUCUUCGCAGCGUCGCACCCUUCACGGUCAUCUGUAUUCCUUGUGGGCAAACAAAGCUGGAUCUCACCCACGGCACAGCCUCUCUGAAUGUCCUUCGUCACCAGAGAGCCGAGGGUGCUGUGGCCAGAGCUGCACUGUGGUCACGUGGCAGGCGGGGGGGUUGGGGAGAUUUUAUUUUCUGUAACGCAGACGCGGUGCCACUCCUGCCACCUCCACGAGCUAUGCAUUUCCGCCCUUUCCGGUGAGCGCGACGUCUUGCUUGGAAAGUGGAUGUGUGUCUGUGUCUGUCAUGAAAACUUACCAGCAGAAAUCCUCAUUCCUAUGCUACAGAUUUACCAAAAAUUAUCAAGGCUUCGAGUUUAGUUCCUUUAAAUGUAUAGUAUUUUAGGAAAAAGCAAUAAACAGUUGAUCUUGUGCAUGUGGAA